AUGAAAGACAGAAAGAUUCCCUUGGCCAAACCAUCCUCCGUGCCAAUUCGCUCGCGGAACGGAUGUACGACUUGCAAAAUCCGUAAAGUCAAAUGCGGAGAGGAAAAGCCCAAUUGUAUUCGAUGCACCAGCACAGGGCGCAAGUGUGACUACCCUAGCCCAGCUCCAUCGCGCCAUGCCUCAACAUCAGCAUCUAGCGUGGUUCCGGUCCUGGACCGGCCGCUUUCGCUUUCACCGAGUAGGGUAUGGCUAGAGCGGCGGGCCUUCGCUCAUUAUGCCCAACAUGCUGCGUCAUUCAUUGGCGGGGGGCUGGAAAUCGACUUUUGGGUCGGUGUUCUGACCCAGGUAUGUCGGACUGAGCCUGCAGUGUGGGAUGCGAUCAACGCCAUUAGUGCCCUCUUUGAGAAUCCAGAUCCCUGCAUCGAUCCUGUCUGGCCCAGGCAAAACAACAACGGAUCUCAGGUCUUGCGUCCUAGCCACAGGGAUGCCUUACGCUGGUACUCGCGCUCGUUAGCCACUAUGCGCAGACAAAUUGACCGGGGCAGUGUUGACAUGAAUGUAGCGUUGAUUAGCUGCAUCUUGUUCAUCUGCAUAGAAAUGGUGCAAGGGCGGGUGGAUGAGGCGCUACGGCUGUACCAGCAGGGGGUAGGCCUCAUCUUCGACCUCCGGGCAGGUGGUACUAGGAUGGGGUCUUGCACGGACUUCGCUCUUUUGCAAGAUACGAUCAUCCCUUUUUUCCUACGACUGGGCACAAUUGCGCAGCGUAUUUCAGGCGUCCCUGUCAGUGGCUUACUCGAGGAAAUGCAGGGUCGCACCGAAAACAUAUUCUCCUCACUUAGCUCAGCCCGUCUCGCAAUGGCUGCUCUCGCUGCAGAAGGCAUGAUCUUCCAGCGCUCUGUUGAGGAGCAUUUUGCGACUAAGGGCCCCGGAUGCGCCGUUCCCCUAGCAUUCAAGAGCAAACAGAAAGAUCUCCAGAAACGACUGGCAAAGUGGCAUCGCGCCUACACCGACUUUGUGAAUUCAUCUGACCCGUCGGAAGUUCCUAUUGGCUUGACCUCUCUCUUGCUUUCCUUCCACGCUGUCACAUCGAUUGUUACCGCCGUUUCCACUGAGCAUCUGGAGACCGCAUACGACGCCUUUCUACCCCAAUUCCGGCUCAUUGUUGAACAGUCCGCUGUACAUCUCGAAGCUUCAGCUGGCCCGAAUGGCAGGCAGCCGCCAUUCACCUUGGAGACGGGCCCUGGUCUCUCGUUGUUGAUGACUGCUAUUAAGUGCCGUGACCCGUGGCUGCGCAGAAGGGCCUUGGAAUUAUUGAGAAAGGCACCUCCAGUGCAGGCGCUGUACAGGUGUGCACCGGGUGCGACAUUAGCGGAAUCUUUUAUUAAAUAUGAGGAAUCAGGGACUAUAUUCAACGGGUCUAGCCCUGGAUGCGCAGGUUCUUAUGGCGAAGGGAGUCAUUGGACGAAAACGUUUCCAGAAAGUGGAAGAAGUGAGAUCGAAUCUACUAUUACAACAUUGAUACCGGAGGAAUCUCGAAUCCACGGCUAUAGCGUUUUCCAGCCGCUAGACGACCCCUGGCUAUUAGGCGAUCCAGACAUCUCCAAGUGGAAUCGGAGGCCUGAUCAGACCUACUUCAGGUUUUCACGGAAUCGAUUUGAUGAAAAUACAAAGACGUGGCGAAUGGUCCAUGACAUUGUCCCGAUUGACUAUUGA